AUGACACCGUACGAAGCCAUGAACGGUCGUAAGCCAAGUAUCUACUUUCUUCACGUUUUUGGAUGCCGAUGCUUCAUAAAAAACAACCGUGAUCAGCUUACAAUGUUUCAACCCAAAGCUGAUGAAGCAAUUUUUCUUCGUUACUUUGCAAAAUCAAAGGCUUAUCGAGAUCUUAAUCGACAUACUCAUGUUUUAGAAGAAAGCUUUGACGUCACCAUUGAUGACAAUUUCGUUGGGAACUCUAGCCUAACCCGUGUUACAACUCAAAUUUUGGAGUCCGAUGCUCCUCCAUCAGAAUGUUCGACACCUACCUUUCAUCCAUUUGAUUCCAAACCAUUUCAACCUUCACAGGCUAAGGGGGAGGAUGGUCAACCUUCCCUUGAAUCAAAUGUGAAUGGAUUCCAAGAUGAAGCUGCUGAAUUUGACUCUAAUCUGAUCAACAACGAUGGUGAUGAAAAUUUAUUUGAUUUCCCACUUGAAGACGAUGUCAACAUAUCUGGUUCAGAAGAUCAGGGGGAGCAACACAACCCUAUUGUUGAUAUUAGAUCUUCUUCUGCACAAGAGCUUCCGAGAUAA